AGAAAAAAACCAAAUCACACUCCAUGCUUUCCUUCUCUGCUCUCCUCUUCGAAACCCACUGGAGAUGUGGGUUGUUUGUUGCCCUUAUGCAAGCGCUCAGGCAUUUCUUUCCCGGGGGUGCUUGGAUAGUGAAGGUAUCACCCACUCCAGUCACUGGCUUAUCAGCCCGGGGAGAUGGAAAGGGGGCAGCCUAUGGAAUGUCAGGCCCUGCUGGCUGCACGCCCAUAUACAGUUCAGCAACCUCGGCGAGAACAGCCCCGGCUGCUGCUGCGGCUGCCACUCGAGUUAUUUCCUCUGGGCUCAGCGGCAGCCUGCAGAGCUCGCAAAGGGGAGUGGUUUCUUCGCUCCCUCCCAAGGGGGCGGGGGGGGGUCCUGCCCUAGCCCCAGCGAUGGGGGCAGGACCAGCCCGGGGCCGGUUUAAUUGAAAGCAAACCGCGGAGACUCCACGCGAGGCGAGAGCGCUGGCAGAAUGCCCCGGGCUGGCGCCCCCGCUCUCAGCUGUCAGUGAAGGAGCGAAGCUUCCCGCGGCCGGGAUGUUCAGCUGGCACAAGAGCUUCACCCUGGGAGCUCCCUGGAGACAAGCAGGCAAGAAGAACCCACCAUCCAAGGGCAAGGUAGUGCUGACCAACAUGAAGAUACUGAGCAAUGAAGAGAGUCAAACCCAGGGGUUGACAGGAGAGCCACCUGCAGCCAUGGACUUUGCAGCAGAAUCCAGGCUUCCCAAAGUCGACAUCCCAUUAGAAUGCCAGGGAAAUCUGGGCACAAGAGACACCUCUUCAAAACCAGACUAUGUGGCCACCCUGUCUGACCUCAGCACCUUAGAGUCCAAGUGCCAGCUUCACAGAUGCUCCAAAUUUGAAUCAGAGGAUUCUGGGGUUGAAUUGCCAAGUGGAGCCAAUUCUCCAUCUACACCAACGGGCUCCGAGAAGAGCUUUGUGCUUCACACCAGAGACUCGUCUUGUGACUCCGGAGUGCUCAGCAUCUCUUCUUCUCCGGGAAUUGACCAUGUCAUAAUGAGAAAGUGUAAAGACAUCAGAGAAACCAGCCAGUGUGCUUCAGACAGUGAAAAGCAAGUUGAAUAUUACAGCCAGGCAGCAGAUGUGGUGCAGAUCCCUACAGCUUCCCUGGAAGAUUUCAGUGACUGUCAGGAGGGAGAAAGUCCUAAUAAACUUUUUGGCCAAAGUGAAGGACAAUAUUUGGAAGAGAAACCCAGGAAAGAGAUAGACCUUUCCAUUAAAGACACUCCUCCAGCUGCUGCCCACAUAGAAGAGCAAAGGCCAAUCAGCAACCGUUACAAAGAGACCUUUGGGAGGAUGCAAGAACUUCAGCUCCAUGGACAUCAGCUCAAAAAAUAUCCCACAAGCGACAGCCUGGAUGAGUACAUGGAUGAGUGCUGUCGAUUAAGUGAGGUGAACCAAGGGAACACCAAGGCUCUUGGCUCUGGCCUGGGGUAUCUGGAACACAUCUGUCAGCUGAUAGAGAAAAUCGGGCAGCUGCAGGAGCACAAUCUGCGACUCCAAAAGCAAGUGUGCAGUUUGCAGAAGGAGCAGAAGAUGAGCCAGAUAAAGGAGGAGUAUUUUCUGCAGCACUGUUCCUGUGGAGCUGCCAGCAUCAUGCUCAACUCGUACCAGGAGGUGAAGACAUUUUUUACUGGGAGGAGCAGACCACACAGUCUCUUGGUUCAGAGUGGAAACCAGUCCGACCUUUCGAUCAUCCCAGAAAGAGGAAGUGACACACACCUGGAAUCAGGAGAUAGACAGCUGGUGCUGGGGCUCAGGAAGACCUGGAGUAAAAGGAGCAAUGAGGAGAAUGACCUCAGAGAUGCCUAUAAUCUGACUGAUGGCCGAGCUUUCCUGCUAAAGGACCCAACUACGAAAAAGAGGGCUGACCUCGGUAAGAGUAUCCCAGGUGAAAGCCAUGCUUGGGGCAGAAUGAGGGAUCUCAUGAAGAAGACCAGGCUGAGGAACCAGAGCAAGUUGGGACUGUCAUCGGCAGCUCUGAAGAGGUCCUGCCCACAGCUCUACAGACCAGAGGUUAAGACUUCGGAUCGGAGGAAGAUGGAGAGGAACUCCAUGAUUGUUCUGGGGCAAAGCACAAAGAAUGAAAACAUCUGGCCUUUCUGAGCAUCUGAAUCCAAUGGACCAAGAGGUAAAUGAACUGGGGCGCUGCUGGACAUGAAAUUGAAAACCACGAGGCUACAUUGUGCAGACCAAGCUCUACAGCAGGAUCAGCAUCAAGGCAUCAGGGAGGGAGGAGAGAUAAAAGAAAGAUUUGCUGAAUGGCAGGGUGCUCAGCUGUACUAGAGUUUUCUCUUGACAUGAAUGUAAAAGUGAACUUAAAACAAUGCUAUAUACCGGGAAUAUAGUUACCAUCUCAGCAAUAAUAACCAAGCAGAUUUGAUACAAUUUCAUAAACAAGCUACCUUAAGUCCUCCUGCUUGUGAAGUAUUAUUGAUCUCCUGGGCUUUAUUCAGCAGAAAGAGGCUAAACCCUCAUAGAACACCAGUGCUUUAAGGAAAAACAAAGAUUGGGAGACUACAUGUAGUAGACACUGCUGGGUGUGGGCAGCAGUGCAAGACUUAAGGGAUUUUUUUAUAUCUCCACGUGUGGGUAUUACUAACAAGUCUGCACAUUUUAAAGGUCUCCACCCAGCAGUGAUUGGCUGGGGAGUUUUACUGAGGUCCCAUGCAAUGUCCAGCUCAAUCAAAGCCAGCAGCCAAGAUUUUCUAAAGCUGGAUUUGUAAGUGCAAGGUUAGGUGCCAGUCUUGUGCGUGUGACCCCCUUUGCCAGUCUGGAGCUUCACUGACCUCAAUAGGUCCAGGGCCGGCUCCAGGCACCAGCCCACCAAGCAUGUGCUUGGGGCGGCACCUGGAGGGGGGCGGCGCUGCGUGGCGCGGCACUCCGGCCCGAGAGCGGGGCUGUGACUGGACUCGCCGCCCUCCCCGCAGCGCUCCGGCCGCCAGGGAGAGCAGAGCCGCAGCGGGCUCGCCGCCCUCCCCCGGCGCUCUGGCCUGUCGGGGAGAGCGGAGCCGCGGUGGGCUCGCCGCCCUCCCCCGGCACUCCGGCCGGUCGGGGAGAGCGGGGCCCCGGCCGGGCUUGCCGACCUCCCCCUUGCACUCUGGCCAGUCGCGGAGAGUGGAGCCGCAGCAGGCUCUCCGCCCUCCCCCCGGCGCUCUGGCUGCUGGGGAGAGCGGAGCCCCAGCCGGGCUCUCCGCCCUCCUCCUGGCGCUCUGGCCACCGGGGAGAGCGGAGCCCUGGUCGGGCUCUCCGCCCUCCCCUGCCGCGCUCCCUGCUGGGGGGGGUUGGGAGGCUUUUUUGCCUGGGGCGGCAAAAACGCCAGAGCCGGCCCUGAGUGGGUCUCCAUGCAGACAGACGGUUACAGCCGUGCAGAGAUUAUUGCAGGACACUGGGGCCUUCAACCGUUCAGCACCUAAUAAGUGGCCUGAUUUUUAAAAGUGCUGAGUGAGCUGCCCACCCAGAUCCAUGGUUUCACUGGGUACUCAGGAUUUUGGAAAGCCAGGCCACUUUAUUAGGAGCCAAAUGCAGGCUCCUGUUUUUAAAGUUUAUGGCCAUGUUGGGUGAAGGCUCCUGGUCUGUUUGGCUGCCUGUGCAUCACCAUGUGCCAUAGGAUUUAAGAGGCAAAAAAGCCAAAUGAACUUAAACCGAUGCCUGUGGAUCAAGUGCUGGAUUGGGGCUCCCUCUGCUGGGAAAGUUAGAAUAAUAGGGAGAUUGGGGAUGGAAAGGAAAGUUUUAAGUCUCUAUUACAAGCUAGGGUAGUUUUUUUUCCAGCUAAGGUCUAUAGGCCUGCCCUCUGUUAUCUACUAGAUAGCUUUAAGGCUAUGCCCAGCUGUUUGGAUGCUGCACUGUUGCCACUCAUCCAUUGUCCACCUUUAACAGAUUCAGAGGACACAGACCAUGGUUAAAAAGGUCCCCCUGAAGCCAUGACUACAGUAGCAUCUCUGUGCAUGUGCUAUAAACCCACAUUUCUUUUUUGCUACAAGCUCAGAAUACAAAGACUCACCCACAUGGAGUGAAAACUAGUCUUUGCCUAUUGGGGGAAGUGAAUUCUGUCUGCUAAAUUGGAAUUAGACAGCUGAGCUGUUUAGCAAACGAAGUCCACAGACUCAAGUUACUGCUGACUAAAGCUCCAACUUCACAUAUAUCUGGAACCCUAGGACACUCUCAGAAACUAACAGGCAAACUUCAAAAGGUUCAGAUUAAAUAACUCUCCAAAACCUUAAGUGAAUUUCCUCUGCUCAUUUGGGCUAUCAGGAACCUAUUGGUUCUACAAAACUGGGUUAGAACUCUCUGGAGGACAGGAUCUCUCAGGAUAUGCCAGUAUUGCUGCCCAAGUGCAGAGCCAAAGGUGUAAAUAAAGUAAGCUAGCCAAACUAGAGCUGGACCCAACUGCAAAAGUCAGAACAGGAUCCAGACUUGGGGAGGAAGAGGAUGUUAAAUCCAGGCAGCUUAUCUAGAUUUAGAACCCAGUAACAAAAUUCGGGAUCCAAAUUUACUCCACAUUUUUGGCUGGUUUUGGCCCAUUUUUAAUACAAACACUUGAGAAUAUUUUAUAAAGAAUUUUGUUCUCAUGACAGACAAUGACCUGAGGUGAAACAGCUGUUAUUUAUCAGAACCUCUUUGGACAUACAGGCCAAAAAUACCAAGAAUGUUCUCUAAUUGGGGGAGGGGGGGCAGGGGGAGCAUCUUGAGAUGCCUUCAAAGGUGCUGAGCACCUACAACUCCAAGGGAACUCAUAUGAAGCUAUGGGAAGCUCAGUACCUCUGAAAAUCGGGCACAAACUGUCUCAGAUUGAGCAUCCAAAAAUGAAAGCACCCAAAAGAAGGUGCUCUGAUAGAUCUUUCAGCUGUGCAACAAACUCAGCUGCCACUCUGGUUUUCAGUUAGUCAGUGUAUGUCCUGCCAGCUUUAUCCAGAGCUGGAGAGGUUUUAUCUUGAUUAUUCUGUGAAUAAUCAUUGUGUCUUCAUUAAUGCAGCAGGCCAAAUCCUACAUUAAUUUACAGCCUCUGUAAUCUCACUGACUCCAGGCAGAAUUGGGCCAUACGUGUUAUAAUAAACAGUAUAAUGAACUGGUAUUUUUACACUUAAAUGACUUUAUGUAUAGUUUUUAUAAAAUGAAUUAUCACUCUUCUGUUAUGAUGUUAUAUGAAAUAUAUUCCUACAUUUUCAGCAAUAAAUAUAUUUAUUCCCUGCAACAUAUUGUGUAUUUCCCCAUCCUAGGAUUCAUUGUGAUAGAAAUGUAAGGAGCUUAAUAAAAGCAUCAUUAUUAUGGAA